AACAUGGCGAAAGGAAAGGUUUGCCUCGCUUACUCUGGCGGCUUAGACACGAGCUGCAUUCUAAAGUACUUGCUGGAAGAAGGAUACGAAGUCAUCACCUUUACGGCCAACAUUGGCCAGGAAGAGGAUUUCGACGCCGUCAGAGAAAAGGCGCUCAAGAUUGGCGCCAGCAAGGUCUACAUUGAGGAUCUUCGCAGAGAAUUCAUCGAAGAGCAGUGCUUCCCUGCAAUCCAAUGCAACGCCAUCUAUGAGAACGUCUACCUCCUCGGCACCUCGCUUGCGCGCCCCGUGACGGCACGAGCCCAGAUUGCCAUUGCGCAAAAGGAGGGCUGCUUCGCCGUGUCCCACGGAUGCACGGGCAAGGGCAACGACCAGAUCCGCUUCGAGCUCGCCUUCUACGCCCUCCAGCCGACCAUCACCGUCAUUGCGCCCUGGCGCGACCCCGUCUUCUACGACAGGUUCAAGGGCCGCAACGACCUGCUCGACUACGCCAAGGCCAUGGACAUCCCCGUCCGGAGCACCAAGAGCAAGCCGUGGAGCAUGGACGAGAACCUCGCCCACUACAGCUACGAGGCCGGCAUCCUCGAGGACCCAAACACCAGUCCCCCAGACGAGAUGUGGCAGCUGACUGUCGAUCCGAGGCAAGCCCCCGAUCGGCCUGAAGACUUCACCGUCACUUUCGAAAAGGGCCUCCCCGUCAAGCUCGAGUACGAGGGCGGCACCAAGGUCGCCACAGACUCCGUCGACCUGUUCCUGACGGCCAACGCCAUUGCGCGCAGAAACGGCGUCGGCCGCCUGGACAUUGUCGAGAACCGCUUCAUCGGACUAAAGUCCCGCGGCUGCUACGAAACGCCCGGCCUGACCAUGCUGCGGGCCGCCCACGUCGAUCUGGAGGGCCUCGUGCUGGACCGUGAGGUCCGCGCUCUCCGCGACCAGUUCGUCACCUUCCACUACGCAAGGCUGCUGUACAACGGGCUCUACUUCUCGCCCGAGCGCGCGUUCCUCUCCAAGAGCAUCGUUGCUUCGCAGGAAGACGUCAACGGCGGCGUGAGAUGCCGGGCUUACAAGGGCUCCUUUAGCGUCCUCGGGCGUUGGUCUGAUAAUGCCGCCAAGCUGUACGAUGCGAGCGAAAGCUCCAUGGACGAGAUUGGUGACUUCUCGCCAAAGGACACGACUGGGUUUGUCAGUGUGAAUGCGAUUCGACUCAAGAAGUACGGAAAGGCUAUGGAGGACAAGGGGCAAAGCUUGGCCAAGAGAUCCUAGCGA